AUGGAAGACAGCCAAAUCAUAAAAGAUACAGAUAUUGGUCAGACAAGUUCUAACAAUCAGAUAGAAGAGUCAAGAGCUCUUUUAGAGUUAGAAGAAGGCAAUUCUGGGUUUUCUCAUAGAAGCAACAACGCUCAGAAUGUUUUGUGACAACGUGAGUUAGCACUGCUUCAAUUAGAACAGAUACUGACUAAGUAUGCUACAGCUGACUCUCAGAAGUUUUCUAAGAGGAUGGGCCAACUCAAGAAGGCAUUACUCUCAAUCAAGGAAGUUAAUGCUACCGAACCGAGCACAUUUAUUAGGCAGAGGCAGAUUGCUCCAGAAAACUGUGAACUUAUUCGAGCUAAAGCGGACGAACUCUUGAAGAAAUUCUCAGACAUGCUUAGCUGUAAUCCUGAAGAGCAGAAAGAGUUUGGGGCAAAAGGUAUUGAGAUGAAUCAGACUCUGGAUAAUGCUAUACAGAGAAGAAAAUCAUCUGGAUAUGAGCCAAGGAAUAAAAUGAAGUUGCUAGACCAUAACACCUGAGAUGUAGAAGCUCAGAUUUAUAGUAAAGAGAACACCCUCAGGACUAAAAUUUUGAAAUAUGUGAUCAAAACACUAUCAAAUAGAAGAUGAAUGUAUUUGUCAAAUCAGAAGAUCAAUUACACAAUCUGGAUCAGAAGUCUAAGGGAUUUGAAUUUGUUCAAGAAAAUGAAAUUCUUCAAGAUGCCUGACCUAUCUUCUGUCUCUAUAUUUAGUUGCCCUUCAAAUAAUAAAUAUGUUUACCAUUUCUUGGAAAGCUGAUUACCACGAAAGUGUGAAAAUUUGUAUCUGAAAAUGAAAUCUUUGACUAAUGCUAACAGAUAUCUUACUCUACUAGUUGCAGUCAGUCAAAGAGCUCAAAGAAGCAUAAGCUUCUCAAGAUUCAAAUAAAAUUACAAGCAAAGGAUCUCUUCAGAAACUUCUAGCUGCAAACAGGCAAAAGAAAAGUGUUGGGUUUGAGGAAUGCUCAAUUUCUUGACCAACAAUGCCUGACCUAAGAACAUGUCUGAAGAGCACUACCAUUACUAACCUGAGCUUCUUCCUCUCAGGACAAGAGGAAUAUAGUGACUGGAGCAACAAUCUUAGAGAAAUCAAUAAUUUAUUGGAAGCUCUUUCUCAAUCAGACUUGAUGAAAACCCUCAGGAGUAUAAACUUGCAUGAAUUAGGACUACCAAAACAGGAGGUUGACAAACUUUUAAGCUCUUUAGGCUUUGGUCGUGUUACCAAUGUUGAAAUAAUGUAGCCUGUAGAGCUCUAAACUUCUUAACUCACUUUAGUUGAAUCAAUAUUCAAUUUGAUAUAUCCGGAGGUAUUUAU